AAGCAGCAGCAGCAGGAGCUCAGACAGCAGCAGCAGCGGAAGCAGCAGCUGGAAGCAGAUCGCUGGAGUGAUGACGAGGCGCAGACUGCUACUAGUAGUAGUAGUGGUGAUGGUAGCAGCAGCAGCAGCAGUAGUGGAGCGUUGCAGAAAGAGCAUUUGAAGGAACCGGAGUAUGCGCAUGUGACGGGGGGACUGACACCCGAUGAGAUGUUGCAGGAGGCAGCGACUGCAGCAACUGCAGCAACUGCAGCAGCAGCAGCGGCAACUGCAGCAGGACCAGCAGCAUCAGCAGGAGCUGAAGCUGGCAAGGCUUGUGGCAGGCACACAGCCCACCCCCCUCACUUCCUAGCGCGAAAGUACUCCAUCCACGGGAGAAAACUCACAGCAACGACACAACACACAAUGAGAAUAGGCCUACUCUCUCCAAGCGCGCCCUUAGCCUUAGAACCAGAUGGGAGCCAGCCUUCGCACGAGGCUCCUGGAGAAGAUGCGGCGUCGCUUGCCGAGUGCCCUGGGGGAGUAGAGGAUAGUACUCUACACUGA